UGCUUGUUUUAGGGCUUAUUUAGCUGGUGUGGAGUUUGUUUACCUGGCAUGUGGUUUAUUUACCUGUUUUAGGCCUCAGUAACCCUGCCGGAGCUUAUUUGUCUGCUGCCAAUUUCGAUACUUGCCUGGCGAGAAGUGACAGGACCUGAGUGAGGAGAGAGUAGCCAGAGGGGACAAUGAAACCCUGCCACACACCUUCCAAUAAAAUGGGGAAGACAGCUGGUGGGAGAUCAGCAAAAAAUCCUUCUAAAUCACAAAAUCAACAAGGGCCUUCUAGCAAAAAGAAGGGAUCAGAUGAACAAGGAAAAAAACAAGGUCAAAAAAGACAGGUCCCUCAGAAAGGCAAAGGGGGAGUAAAGGAACUGAAGGACUCUUCCCCUGCAGGAGAAAAUGGUUCUUCAAAAAAAAUGAAGCUGUCCAGUACUGCAAUAAGAUCUUGGCAACCUCUCUCAGAGAACAGCAGGCUCUUCCUGGAAAAUAUAGUGGAUUCAGUAGUACUAUCUGUUUUGUCCCAACAGAGGGAGGGAAAAGAUGAUGUUCAGAAGCACCUCAAUGUACUGAAAAACAGGGUGCUGAAAAGUUUCAAGACUUUAAAUGUGCCUCCAGGGAAGCUGGGCAACCUGAAGAAUAUCCUGGGCCUUCAAAUGGCAGAGAAACAAAUGCUUGAGACAAAUGAGGAGUCUUUGGUACAACUGCAGGAAGAAAUAAAUGAAGCAGAGAGAUCAGCAGAGCGCAUUGAGGAAAAUAUACAGCAGCUGAAGUACAAAAUCCAGGUGCUCAAAAACCAGUUAGAGAAAGAUGAAAAAGAGGCCAGGAAGGUAUUCCAGGAAAAUGGCAGUGGAGCACUCCAGCUUCCAGAACUCCCCAAGCGCAGUUUUCAGGCACCCACUUUGCAGGAGGAAAUUCUGAAGGUAAAGAAUCAGAAGGACCUUUUAAGGGAUAUGAAUGCUAUUCAGCAGUCAGCUGACUUGAAGAACUUGUUAACCCUUACUGAAAAGGCCUAUGAGAAGGUGGAUUUGCUUUGAGAAAUCAAAAUAUGUGGAGUCUCCAUGCUGAGUUUGGAUGGAAUCUGCUUUCUUCCUAAUGGCCUUCCUCUUGUGACUGCUGCAUUUCUGUUAAAACAUUUUCUAUUAACAUUGGUAUAUAAAUUUGUAGAUACA